AUGCGCCUGCACACUCCCAGCCUGCUGUCGGAGAACUCCAUCUCCUGCCGCAUGACAUCCUUGACGGGGCCAGACCAGAGAAGUGAAGUGACAGACAUCGGGCCGGUUAAAAGUUAUGGCAGAGGCCAGAACCUGCUCCUGAACAAAAAGCCAGUGCAUCCUGCCGCCUCCAAACGCCGCCUCAGCAGCAGCACAAAACUCAGCGAGAAGCACAAGAACCUUCGCAGAUUUGUGGUUAAUUUCGUUUGUCAGCAGCAGGAGGAGGUGGAGGAUGGUGACGCUCCAACAUGUGGCUCUCCCAAACCCAAACAAAAUGACAUGAAAUAUGAUUACUACAUUCAGCAUGGGAUAGACCUGAAGCACGUGUCUCCUCUGGACGACUCUUGGCUGGAGAACAUUCUGGAGAAGAUCCCCUGUCACCUGAGGAGCCAGAGCCCAUCCCAGAAAGAGCUGGUGAAGGAGAUCAAGGAGGACUACUUAUUCAAUGUCAAGAAAGCAAUAGUGAAUUAUACAUUCAGAGAUACGAGAGAAAGUUGCGAGGACAAAGUAAAAGAUCUGCCCCCUCAAAGACCUGAAUUGGAGGUGUUUCCAAAACCAUGGAACAAAGCUUUUGUCGAUGCACGAAAGAAGAUGAGAGAUCAGCUGCACACUAUCAACCCCCUCAUGCUGCAAGUGCAGGACCUUUGGCAUACGUCUUACAAAAAUGUCCGUCUGAUAGACGUGGAGGAGUUCCACAGGAGAGACGAGUCCAUGGAGCUGUCUGCGUUCCACCAAAUCGUCACCAGACAGGUUGAUAAUGUCAGAGGAAUCCUCCUCAGAAAGUGGAUUCCUGAGGUGCAAAACAUUUACCAGCAGGGCUCCAGACUCAAGCUGGUGCCCCCCUCGAACAAAAGGGCCAAGCUGUUGUCUUUCUUUAACUGUGCAGCCACGCUGAUGACCUCCCAGCUGCAGAGCCUUGCAUUAGACUCAAUGAGGAGUUAUACAAACCUGAUUUCCCCAGACCAGCUGUCUGAGCGCGCCCAUGAACACCCGGGCUUCGUGCUGCAUCUGAUCCUGGAGGACGGGAAGAUCAAGUUUGAGCCUGACUUCAAACAGUUUGAGGAGGCUCUCAUCAACCCGUAUGAGUACAUGCUCAGGUCUAUCAGCAUAGUGCCUCGUGUGGAAACCAAACUGUUCCCUGAGUGGCCAGUCUCCCAGUUUGGCAGCGUCCUGAAGCCCAUCAUCCUGCCAGAGAUCCUGGAGGCCCAGCAGGAGGAGGUGCGCCGGGUGUUCUGGGCCGAGUGUGUCGGGCCCGAGGACUAUGUCCACGAGUAUGAUAAAUAUGCCACACUGGUGUCCAAGCAGGCAGACGAGGACGUGGAGCACUUCCUUCGUGAGCCGCACUCCUUCCAGGAAAUCAUGACGGAGGUGCUACGCUACCAGCAGCUGGCUGAGCAGAUCCAGUUCACGUUUUGCAAGGUGGCACGUCUCGGCAUGUUCGAGGUCCAGUCCCAUAAGCUCAUCCACUCUCUUGUCAAGCUUGCUCAGGAGCUACAGCAGAAGCUUAUUACCCGCAUGCUCCAGGAUCACCAGGAAAUCAACAACAGGCUUUGUCUUGACUUUGAGAAGAUUGCAGAGAAGGCGCUGAGCACCCCCUCUGACACACAGAAACUGAUGGAGCUUAAGGCCUACGUGGAUAAGGUGCAGACCACGGAGAUACCCUUGUUGGAACAAAGAUUGGCAGACUCCACCACGCAGUUUUGUUUCCUGGUGGACUUUGUCACAUUCUCUCCACCGCACAUGAAGCGCAACACACAGACCAUCCAGUGGCUGAAGCGCAUGCCAUCUAUCUUUAAAGAGCACCAAAAGAUCAUUACUGAGAAGACAGAGCAAUUCCAGAGUGGCCUCAAGUUAUGCCUUGAGCACUUUAUGGAAGAACUGGAGAGCUAUAGCGUGCAGGCGGAGGAGUUCGCCAACUUCGGUGAGCUGACGGAUCUCAGCAAGUACUUGAAGAAAGCCCAGGACCUUGAUGCUAAACUGGAGUCAGCCACAAAAAAGAUAAACGAUUUCAAUGCAGAGGAGGAGGCCUAUUGCUGGUCUGUUUCCCAGUGCCCACAGCGGAAGAACAUCCAGGACAAGCUCACACCUUUCCUGCGCCUCUAUGAGACAGCCACUGAUUUCCUCCAGCAGCACGAGCAGUGGCUCCAUGGGCCGCUCUCUGGUGUGAACCCAGACAAGGUAGAAGAGGAUGUUAGCAACUACUGGCGCACUCUAUACAAGCUGGAGAAAGGCUUCUCCGAAUUUCCCAAAGCCUUGAACAUAGCCACCAGUAUGAGAGCAAAGAUAGAGGAGUUCAAGGAGCACAUUCCUAUGGUGCAGGUAUUGUGUAACCCUGGCCUGAGAGGCCGCCACUGGGAUGCCAUGUCCGAGCAAGCUGGUGUCUCCCUGCAGCCAGCUAGUGACGAGGCCUGUAUGGCUCACUUCCUAUCCAUGAAUCUGGAACAGCACGUGAGGAGCUUUGAAGGCAUCAGCGAGGCGGCGGGCAAGGAGCACUCCCUGGAGAAGGCCAUGGAGAAGAUGGCCAUGGAGUGGGAUGACAUGGAGUUCAGCCUCCUGGCCUACAGAGAGACGGGCACCUCCAUCCUGUCGUCUGUGGAUGAAGUCCAGAUGCUUUUGGACGAUCACAUAGUAAAGACGCAGACUAUGAAGGGCUCACCCUUCAUCAAGCCUUUCGAGGUGGAGAUACGGGAAUGGGAGGACAAGUUGCUGCUGCUCCAAGAGAUCCUGGAUGAGUGGUUGAAGGUGCAGUCCACUUGGCUUUACCUUGAGCCCAUCUUCAGCUCCCCAGACAUCAUGACUCAGAUGCCCGAAGAGGGACGCCGUUUCACAACUGUUGACCAAACCUGGAGGGACACCACGAAACAGGUCUCCCUGGACAAGCAUGUGUUGGUGGUGACAGCCAUCGACAAGAUGCUGGAGAAGCUAAAAGCGUCCAACGAGCUUCUGGAGAUGAUCCUCAAAGGUCUCAACUCCUAUCUGGAGAAGAAGCGGCUCUAUUUUCCACGGUUCUUCUUCCUGUCAAACGACGAGCUGCUGGAAAUUCUCUCUGAGACUAAAGAUCCCACGAGCGUGCAGCCCCAUCUGAAGAAGUGCUUUGAAGGCAUCGCCAGUGUGGUGUUCACUGACGGGCUGGACAUCACUCACAUGAAGAGCAGCGAGGGGGAGGUGGUGCAGCUGCUGGACAUCAUCUCGACCUCCAGAGCCAGGGGCCAGGUGGAGAAGUGGCUUCUGGAGCUAGAGAACGGCAUGACUGCCUCACUGCACAAGGUGAUUGGCGAGGCAAUCCAGGCAUACCCCAAAGAGGUGAGGACAAACUGGGUGCGGGCGUGGCCGGGCCAGACUGUUCUGUGUGUCUCACAGGUCUACUGGACAAAGGAUAUACAUGAAGCCAUCAGUUCAGGACAGAAGGCCCUACACACCUACCUGGAGCAGAACAACAGACAGAUUGACGACAUCGUGGGACUCGUACGUGGCACGCUGUCCAAGCAAAACCGGGUGACCCUCGGAGCCCUGGUCGUGCUGGACGUCCAUGCGAGGGACGUGCUGGCCACGCUGGUGCAGAAGGGAAUAAGCGAUGAAAAUGACUUUGAGUGGCUCAGCCAGUUGCGCUACUACUGGGUGGAAAACCACCUUGAGACCAAGAUGAUCAAUGCUGGGUUGCGUUACGGCUAUGAGUACCUUGGCAACACACCACGUCUGGUUAUAACCCCUCUCACCGACCGCUGCUACCGCACUUUGUUCGGUGCCCUCCAGCUGCACUUGGGAGGGGCGCCUGAGGGCCCAGCUGGAACCGGGAAGACAGAGACAACCAAAGACUUGGCCAAAGCCGUGGCCAAGCAGUGUGUGGUCUUCAACUGCUCCGACGGACUGGAUUACAUCGCUCUGGGCAAAUUCUUCAAAGGCCUUCUGUCCUGCGGAGCGUGGGCCUGCUUUGAUGAGUUCAACCGCAUAGACUUGGAGGUGCUGUCAGUGGUGGCUCAACAGAUUCUCACCAUACAGAGAGGAAUUGCUGCGCAUGCUGAGAUGCUGCUGUUUGAAGGAACAGAGCUGAAACUCGACCCUUCCUGUGCCGUGUUCAUUACUAUGAACCCCGGCUACGCUGGACGCUCUGAGCUACCAGACAACCUCAAGGCGUUGUUCAGGACUGUGGCUAUGAUGGUGCCGGACUACGCAAUGAUCGCAGAGAUUGUGCUCUACUCUUGUGGCUUUGUUACUGCGCGGCCCCUGUCUGUGAAAAUCGUGGCUACUUAUCGACUCUGCUCAGAGCAACUGUCCUCGCAGCAUCACUACGACUACGGCAUGAGAGCUGUCAAGUCCGUGCUGACCGCCGCCGGAAACCUGAAGCUCACCUUUCCCGAGGACAAUGAAGACACCCUGUUGCUGAGAUCCAUUAUCGAUGUCAAUCUGCCCAAGUUCCUGGCCCAUGAUCUGAAGCUAUUUGAGGGUAUCACCUCUGACCUCUUCCCGGGGGUCAAGCUCCCAAAUCGAGACUACCACAUCCUGCGGGAGGCCAUUGAGGAAAACUGCAAACGCAUGAACCUGCAAGUCACCGACUUCUUUGCAGAGAAAAUCCUGCAGAUCUAUGAGAUGAUGAUCGUGAGGCACGGCUUCAUGCUGGUGGGUGAGCCCUUCGGAGGAAAGACCAGUGCGUACCGUGUGCUGGCAGCUGCCCUUCAUGACGUCUGUGAAAAGGGUCUCAUGGAUGAGAAUCAGGUGCAGAUCACCGUCAUCAACCCCAAAUCCAUCACCAUGGGCCAGCUUUAUGGCCAGUUUGACCCAGUCUCUCACGAGUGGUCCGAUGGCAUCCUCGCUGUCAGCUACAGAACCUUUGCUGCCUCCCAGAGCCCUGACAGAAAAUGGCUCGUCUUUGACGGCCCGGUUGAUGCCGUGUGGAUCGAGAACAUGAACACGGUACUCGACGACAACAAGAAGCUGUGUCUGAUGAGCGGCGAGAUCAUUCAGAUGUCCCCGCAAAUGAGCCUCAUCUUUGAGCCCAUGGACCUGGAGGUGGCCUCACCAGCCACAGUGUCUCGCUGUGGUAUGAUCUACAUGGAGCCACAUAUGCUGGGCUGGAGGCCUCUUAUGCUGUCCUGGCUCAACACGCUGCCAGCCACAGUCAGUGCCACGCACAGAGACCUCAUCGCUGGCCUCUUCGACCGCAUGCUGCCACCCUGCAUACAGCUCAUUCGAAAGGCUACCAAGGAGCUGUCCCCAACCUCUGACACCAAUCUUGUCAAGUCCCUAAUGAAUCUGAUGGACUGCAUGAUGGAUGAGUUUCAUGAUGAAGAAAAGAUGAAGAGCAUGAAUGAGACGGAUGUUUGCUCCUGGUUGGAGGGCAUCUGUGUCUUCUGCCUGGUGUGGUCCGUGGGCGCCAGCUGUGACGACUCGGGCCGGCUCAAGUUCGACGCAGUGGCGAGGGAGCUACUGAGCGGUCCUCUGAGUAAGGACACCCGGGCCUGCCACGGCAUUCUGGCCCCUGUGGAGGCCCCACGUAAGCAGCUGACGGUUCCCCUGCCCACCGAGGGAACAGUCUACCAAUAUCGCUUCAUUAAAGAGGGCGCGGGCAGGUGGGAGCUGUGGACGGAUGAGCUAAAGACUGCUCCCCCCAUAUGCAAAGCCGCGCAGUUCAACGAGAUCAUUGUUCCCACGGAGAACACGGUGCGCUGCAUGGCGCUCAUGGGGCUCCUCGUCACCCACCAGAGACCCACUAUCUUCAUUGGCCCCACGGGCACCGGCAAGAGCGUCUACAUUACUGACUUCCUAUUGAAUCAGCUGCAGAAGGACGUGUACAGCCCAUUAUUUAUCAACUUCUCAGCCCAGACUACAGCUGCUCAGACCCAGAACAUAAUUAUGUCCAAGCUGGAUAAGCGGCGCAAGGGAGUGUUCGGCCCUCCACUGGGAAAGAAAAUGGUGGUGUUUGUGGACGAUGUGAACAUGCCAGCCAGGGAGGUUUACGGUGCCCAGCCACCCGUGGAGCUGCUGCGACAGUGGCUGGACCAUUGGAACUGGUACGACACGAAGAACUGCUCCAUGAUCAACCUGGUGGAUAUCCAGAUCAUAUGUGCUAUGGGGCCACCUGGUGGAGGGCGGAACCCGGUCACUCCUCGUUACCUGCGCCACUUCAACAUGAUUACCAUUAAUGAUUUCGAUGAGAAGACGAUGUACACGAUCUUCUCCAGGAUCAUGGACUGGCAUUUCAACAUACGGUUUGCUUUCCCCGAGCCCUUUACAGCUUUGACCUCGCAGAUCGUCCACAGCACCGUGUCCGUGUACCAAGAAGCCACCAAGAACCUGCUACCCACUCCCACCAAGUCUCAUUACCUGUUCAAUCUGCGAGACGUCUCCCGGGUCAUCCAGGGCAUCUGCCUGUCCCGGCCGGAGACUGCAGAUGAGCUCUGCGUCAUCAAACGGCUCUGGGUACAUGAGGUCCUGAGGGUUUACUACGAUCGACUGGUCCACGACAAAGAUCGGUCUUGGCUCGUAAGCCAUUUACAGGUGGUGUCUCAGAGUCACAUGAAGGAAAACUUCCAUCAACUCUUCCAACAUCUGGACCAGGACUGUGACGGAAAGGUGACUGAGGACGACCUGCGCAGCCUCAUGUUUUGUGACUUUCACGACCCCAAGGGCGAGGACCGCAACUACCGUGAGGUGCGGAACCUCGACCAGCUCCGACAGGUGGUGGAGUCCCACCUGGAGGAAUUCAACAACAUCAGCAAGGCACCCAUGAAUCUGGUGCUCUUUCGUUUUGCCAUCGAACACGUGUGCCGCAUCUCCCGCAUCCUCAAGCAGCCAGGUGGACACGCCCUGCUGGUGGGCGUUGGUGGGAGCGGGCGUCAGUCUCUCACCCGCUUGGCUGCCUACAUGGCAGAGGCAGAGCUUUUCCAGGUGGAGAUCUCCAAGACUUACGGAACCGCGGAAUGGCACAACGACCUGAAGCUAAUAAUGAGGAAGUCCACACAGGGUGAAGCCCACGGCGUGUUUCUUUUCACAGACACACAAAUCAAAAUGGAGUCAUUUCUGGAGGACGUCGGUAACCUGCUCAACACUGGUGAGGUGCCUAACCUGUUUGCAGUUGAUGAGAAGCAAGAAAUCUGUGAGCGAAUGCACACGCUGGACCGCCAGCGGGACCGGGACAAGCAGACGGACGGCAGCCCCUUGUCCCUUUUCAACAUGUUUGUCGAGCGCUGUCGCACUCAGCUGCAUGUGGUGUUGGCCAUGAGUCCCAUCGGAGACGCCUUUAGGAACCGCCUGAGACGCUUCCCUGCCCUCAUUAACUGCUGCACCAUUAACUGGUUCCAGACCUGGCCCGAGGACGCCCUGCAGGCGGUGGCGUGUCGCUUCCUGGAGGAUGUGGAGAUGACAGACGAGUCCCGAGAAGGCUGCAUUAACAUGUGCAAGAGCUUUCACACCUCAACUAUUGAGCUGUCAACGCGCUUUUUGACCGAGCUGCAGCGCCACAAUUACGUCACACCAACCUCAUACCUGGAGCUCAUUUCCACCUUCAAAGCCCUGCUGAAAACGAAAAGAGCGGAGGUGAUGAAGCUGAAACAUCGCUAUGAGGUGGGCCUGGAGAAACUAGAGUCAGCAGCAAACGAGGUGGCCACCAUGCAAGUGGAGCUGGAGGCCCUGAAGCCACAGCUACUAGUGGCCAGCAAAGAGGUCGAUGAGAUGAUGGUGGUAAUUGAGCAUGAGUCUGUGGAGGUGGCUGAGACCGAGAAGGUGGUGAAGGUGGACGAGGCAGAGGCCAACGAGCAAGCCAUGGCUGCCAAGGCCAUCAAGGACGAGUGUGAUGCCGACCUGGCCGAAGCCAUGCCCAUCCUGGAGUCGGCUCUGUCUGCGUUGAAUACUCUCACCACUCAGGAUAUCACAGUGAUUAAGUCCAUGAAAAGCCCCCCCACAGCUGUCAAGCUGGUGAUGGAGGCAAUCUGCAUCCUCAAAGGCAUCAAGCCAGAUCGUGUGCCAGACCCUUCGGGCUCUGGUAAAAAAGUGGAGGACUUCUGGGGCCCGGCCAAAAAGCUCCUGGGGGACAUGAGAUUUCUCCAGAGCCUCCACGAGUACGACAAGGACAACAUCCCACAAAAUCUCAUCGCCAUCAUCCGCAGCAAGUACAUCACCAACUCAGACUUUGUACCCGAGAAGAUUCGAACUGCGUCCGCUGCAGCUGAAGGGAUGUGUAAGUGGGUUUGUGCCAUGGACAAGUAUGACAAAGUGGCCAAGGUGGUGGCUCCGAAGAAGGAGAAGCUGGCCCAGGCUGAGGGGAAAAUGAAGGUGGCCAUGGAGAGCCUGCACAAAAAACAGGCCGCGCUCAAAGAAGUCCAAGAUAAGCUCGCGAAGCUUCAGGAAACAUUGGACGCUAAUAAAAACAAGAAAGCUGACCUGGAGAAUCAGGUGGAUCUGUGCAGGAAGAAGCUUGAGCGAGCGGAGCAGCUGAUUGGAGGGCUGGGUGGAGAGAAGACGCGCUGGAGUGAAAUGGCCUUUAAUCUCAGAGAGCUCUACAAUAACCUGACGGGGGAUAUCCUUAUCUCAGCAGGCAUAGUGGCUUACCUGGGGGCCUUCACCUCCAGCUACAGACAGGAUCAGACAAACAAGUGGAUGAAUCUUUGCCAGAGUAACGAGAUCCCCUGCUCCCCCAACAUGUCUCUACUGAACUCGCUGGGCGAUCCAGUCAAGAUUCGUGCGUGGACCAUCGCCGGACUACCGUCAGACAGCUUCUCCAUCGACAACGGCAUCAUCAUCUCCAAUGCCAGGCGGUGGCCUCUGAUGAUCGAUCCCCAGGGCCAGGCAAAGAAGUGGGUGAAAAACAUGGAGAGGGCCAACAGCCUGCAUAUUAUCAAACUGACUGAUGCCGACUUUGUGCGCACUCUGGAGAACUGCAUCCAGUUUGGCACACCAGUGCUGCUGGAGAACGUCGGUGAGGAGCUGGACCCUAUCCUGGAGCCUCUGCUGCUGAGGCAGACUUUUAAACAGGGUGGUGCCCUCUGCAUCCGCCUGGGAGACUCUACCAUUGAAUAUUCUCCUGACUUUCGCUUCUACAUCACCACCAAGCUGCGCAACCCCCACUACCUGCCGGAGACUGCCGUCAAGGUGACGCUUCUGAACUUCAUGAUCACCCCAGAAGGCAUCGAGGACCAGCUGCUGGGCAUCGUGGUGGCCCGGGAGAGGCCCGACCUGGAGGAGGAGAAACAGGCGCUCAUCUUGCAGGGAGCAGAGAACAAGAGACAAUUGAAGGAGAUUGAGGACGAAAUCUUAGAGGUGCUCUCCUCUUCCGAGGGCAACAUCCUGGAGGACGAGACGGCCGUCAAGAUCCUCUCCUGCUCCAAGGUGCUGGCCAACGAAAUCACAGAGAAGCAGGCCGUGGCCGAAGUGACCGAGCGGAAGAUUGAUGAGACCCGCAUGGGCUACACCCCCAUCGCCGUGCACUCGGCCAUCUUGUUCUUCUCCAUUGCUGACCUGGCUAACAUUGAGCCCAUGUACCAAUACUCCCUCGCCUGGUUUAUUAACCUGUUCAUCAGCUCCAUCGACAGCUCAGACAAGAGCGACGACGUGGAGCGGAGACUCCAGAUCCUGACGGACCACUUUACCUACACACUAUAUGUCAACGUGUGCCGCUCGUUAUUCGAGAAGGAUAAGCUGCUCUUCUCCUUCUGCCUCAGUGUCAAUCUGCUCCUGCACAAUAAGCUGGUGGAUGAGGGGGAGUGGCGCUUCCUUCUGACAGGUGGCGUGGGCCUGGACAACCCCCACUCGAAUCCCUGCACCUGGCUCCCCAAGAAGUCUUGGGAUGAAAUCUGCCGCCUGGACGAGAUGGAGCGUUUUAACGGCCUGCGGCACGACAUGGCUCGCCUCAGGAACGAGUGGAAGACGGUGUACGACAGCUCAGAUCCCCAUCAGACUCCCUUCCCUGACGAGUGGCAGGAGAAGCUGAGCCAGUUUCAGAAGAUGCUGGUGAUUCGUUGUCUCAGACCAGACAAGAUUAUUCCCAUGGUGCAGGAGUUUGUUUCCGACAGUCUGGGUCGUCCUUUUAUUGAAACGCCACCCUUCAAUCUGAGCAAUGCCUUCGUCGAUAGCCACUGCUCUGCCCCCCUCAUCUUCAUCCUCUCCCCCGGCUCGGACCCCAUGGCUGCAUUGCUCAAGUUCGGUGAUGAAAAGGGCUUCACUGGUAACAAGCUGACCUCCCUCUCUCUGGGCCAAGGCCAGGGCCCUAUUGCUAUGCGUAUGAUUGAGGCAGGCAUUAAAGAGGGCACCUGGGUGGUUCUGCAGAACUGCCACUUGGCCACGUCGUGGAUGUCAACAUUGGAGAGAGUCUGUGAGGCGCUGAACCCGGACACCACCCACCCAGACUUUAGGCUGUGGCUGACCAGCUACCCGUCUCUCACCUUCCCUGUGGCUGUGCUUCAGAACGGGGUGAAGAUGACCAACGAGGCUCCGAAGGGCCUCCGCUCCAACAUCGCACGCUCAUUCUUAAUGGAUCCCAUCUCUGACCCAGAGUUUUUCGACAGCUCCAGCAAACCGGCUGUGUUCAAGAAGCUGCUGUACGGCCUGUGUUUCUUCCACGCCCUGACCCAGGAGAGAAGGAAGUUCGGACCUUUGGGCUGGAACAUUCCGUACGAGUUCAAUGAGACCGACCUGCGGAUCUCAGUACAGCAGCUACACAUGUUCCUGGAACAGUACCGGGAAGUGCCAUUUGAUGCUCUCCGCUACAUGACUGGCGAGUGUAACUACGGCGGGCGUGUGACAGACGACUGGGACAGACGGACACUGCGCACGAUCCUGUCGAUCUUCUACACUUCAAAGAUCAACGAGGACCCCGACUAUAAGUUUGAUCCCAGUGGGCUCUACUAUGCACCGGCAGAGGGAGAUUACAACAGCUACAUCGAAUACACCAAGUCGUUGCCACUCAGCCCGUCGCCGGAGGUUUUCGGCAUGAACGCCAACGCAGAUAUCGCCAAGGAUCAGGCCGAGACACAACUGCUGUUUGACAGCGUCCUGCUCACACAGACCCGCUCUUCAAGCGGAGACGCCAAAUCCUCCGAUGACAUGGUCUUUGAUGUGGCGGCCGACAUCCUGAGCAAGCUGCCGGGAGACUUUGACUUGCAGGCGGUGAUGAGGCUCUUUCCCACCAGCUACAACCAGAGCAUGAACACGGUGCUGGUGCAGGAGAUGGGCCGCUUCAACAGCCUGCUCCACACCAUCCGAGACUCCUGCGUCAACAUCCAGAAGGCCAUUAAGGGGCUGGUGGUGAUGUCUGCAGAGCUGGAGGAAGUCGUCAGCAGCAUCCUGACGGGUCGUAUUCCAGGCAUGUGGAUGAAGAAGUCCUACCCCAGCCUCAAACCCUUGGGAAGCUACGUCAACGACUUCCUGGAGCGACUCAAGUUCCUACAGGACUGGUAUGAUAGUGGGACGCCUGCUGUAUUCUGGGUAUCAGGAUUCUUCUUCACCCAGGCCUUCCUCACAGCCAGCCAGCAGAACUACGCCAGGAAACACACCGUCCCCAUUGACUUGCUGGGCUUCGACUUCGAGGUCCUGGACGACAGACAAUACAAACAGCCCCCAAAGGAUGGUGUGUACAUCCACGGCCUCUUCUUGGACGGCGCCCGCUGGGACAGAAAGACCAAACUUCUCGCUGAGUCGCACCCUAAAGUCCUGAAUGACCCCAUGCCUGUGAUGUGGUUGAAGCCCAUUAAGCGACAGGACGUCCCCCAGAGGAUGUGUUACGUGGCGCCCGUCUACAAGACCAGUGAGCGGCGCGGCACGCUGUCCACCACGGGCCACUCCACCAACUAUGUCAUCUCCAUGACGCUGAACUCCAGUGUGCCGGCCGAGCACUGGAUCCGACGAGGGGUGGCGCUGCUCUGCCAGCUCAGCUCCUAGUGUCACACUUUGUUCACGUCACCACAUCUUCUGUAGUUUCAAGUAGAAGAAUUCAAAUGCCACACAGGCUCUCCUGUCUGUUUAGACUGCAGAAAUCUGUGUGAACACAACAGUGGCAGUUCAUAAUCAUUAGAUAACCAGGUCUGGUACUGCCAGUACUUUGUAGGAAUAUUACAUGUAUAGUACUAAACUCAGUGGUUUUUUUCAAAGAUGGUUUCUGUCAUUUUAAGUAGUUUUUACUCACACGGAUGUUCAAGGGCUAAUUUUGGUUUUGAGUUAUUUGAAGCUUUAGAAAUGUGAUGACACAUCAUGAUUAACAGCGGAACCUCGCUACAGCAGCUCCAGGCCCCCGAUCGAAAGCUUCAUGAAAAGCUUCAUUUCUGGAUAGUGUGACGAAGUGGAGACGUGUCGUCCAACUUUAGAAACUGUCUAUGACUCAGAAAGUGGUGUUUACAUGGCAGCGUCAUAUUCAGACUUAAUAAGGGAAAUAUCGCAAUAUCUGUGUCCAUGUAAACGUGUGUCUACUGUAAAUCUACUGAACAGCU